AUGGGCAUGACCGAGGACAAUGAAGAGCAGGAGCCCAACUCGUUCCGGCAAUUCACCACUACCCUCCGCCCGACCUCUGCCUCUCCUCCCGCAUCCGCCCCCGCUAUCCCGGACGAGCUCAGCGACCGCCUCAACGCGCUCGCCAUACAGCUCGAGAUGGCGCUCGAGCUCUCGCGCUCCCUUGAAGCCCAGCACGCCACCGCCCAGUCAACCAUCUCCGUCCUUGAGUCCAAGGUCGCUUCACUCGAGAACAUCGUCCAAGACACGCAAACACAGGUUCUGUCUCAGGUCGAGGUCACCGAGCAGCUCGUCCAAGCAUCUGAGUCCGCCCGCGCCGCGCCGCGCGAACCCACCGUCCCCGUAGCUGCGGUCGAGGAGGCGAGGAAGGAGGAACCCGAAUCGCUCACCUCGAUGUUCGCCGGGUGGAAGAAGAAUGUCGAGGGCAAGUGGAGCAGCGUGCACGAGGACUGGACGGAGGAGUGGGAGCGUCUCCGGCGAGCCAGGGACGAGUGGGAGAGCCAGAUGCGCGCCGCCAAGGAGGCCGUCUCCACCGCUGCGACGAAGGUCGAGAACGGUCCCAUGUCCCUGGCGUCCUUUCAAGCGCACCAGCAACAGAAAUUUAUGAACGGCAACACGAAGCCCCAUUCCAGCGGCGGUCUCGUCACCCCUCCCAGCCCUCGCUCCCUCACUGCCGAGUCCACUCGCCCCCGAAACCGGAGGAAACGCGCCGCGUCGCGAGGACACACUCGGUCUCGGUCUAUCUCCCCCUCACCCACCGACGAUGGCGAUGACAAGUUGGUCUCGCUCGAUGCCACGAGCAGUGAAUCAUCAUUCCCUGGCCCACGGCAACGAUCGCCAUGGUCUGUCGACGACUCGAGCGAUUCGGAGGGCACGCACCCGAGCGAGUCUGGAGACGUCCCAGAAGGCUCGCGCAAGAUGCCCUUCCCCAUCACCCCAAGUCGAGCGUCGUCAACCAGCCGAUAUCGGCUGCAAUCGCCAGCACCAGCGCGACAACGGACGCACGACCGCCUCCCUCCGCCAAAGCAUCUGUGA